GGGGAACGGGGAGGGACGUGACGGGAAUGGGGGGACACCAGGGGACACCAGGGGACAUCAGGGGACCCUCCUGGGUUGGGUGUGUGGGAAGGAUCCGGACACCUGGGUCCCCCCUGGACCCGAAUUCCUGGGUCCCUCCUGACACCCAGAACCCCCCCUGAACACUUGGCAGGACCCGAACACCUGGGUCCCCCCUGGACCCGAACUCCUGGGUCCCCCCCAAAGACCUUUGACAGAUCCCGAACGCCUGGGUCCGUCCCCUCCACGACCCUCGGUAGGACCCGGAUGCCUGGGUCCCUCCUGGGAUCUAUUGGGUCACCACACCUGGACACCUGGGUCCUUCAUGAGACCCUCAGUGUGGGUGCAGGCCCCGGACGCCUGGGUCCCUUCCUAGACCCUUGGUAGGACCUGGAUGCCUGGGUUCCCCCUGAGAACCCCCAACAGGCCCCGAAUGCCUGGGUCCCCCCACGAGUCCCAGACGCCUGAGUCCCCCCUGGGGCCCCCAAGACACCCCGAAUGCCUGGGUCCCCACAACUCCCGGACGCCUGGGUUCCAUUUUACUCCCGGAUGCCUGGGUCCCCCCUGGGGCCCCCAACAGGCCCCGAACGCCUGGGUCCCCCCUGGGGCCCCCAAUACGACCUGAACACCCGGGUCCCCACAACUCCUGGAUGCCUGGGUCCCCCAACAGGCCCAGAACACCUGGGUCCCCCCACAACUCCCGGACGCCUGGGUCCCCCCUGGGUCCCCCAAGAGGCCCUGAACGCCUGGGUCCCCCCACAACUCCCGGAUGCCUGGGUCCCCCAAUAGGCUCCAAACACCUUGGUCCCCUAUGACUCCCGGACGCCUGGGUCCCCACAACUCCCGGACGCCUGGGUCCACCCACGGGCCCCUCAUUCCCCCACAAGCUGUGACCACACUGGGGCCCCCCGGGGAGCGGUGGCUCCUCCCCGGCUGCGGGAGGGACCCCGGCAUCCGGCCGCUGCCUCGGGGCUUCCAUUGGCCCCCACGGGCGCAGGCGCGGAAGCACCAGCAGCAUCACCUUCCGGCUCCGGUUCCUCAACGGGGCCACCAAGGCCUCAUCUCCAGUGGCUCCUCUCCAAUCGUGGUGGGUUUUGGGGGGGAAGGACCCCCCGGCUGUGGGACCCUCCCCAGAAGUGACUGAAGACCCAUCUCCAUUGGUUCCUCACCAGAAGUGGCUCCACCUGGACCUCAUCUCCAUCAGCUGCUUGGAGAACAACCCACCAAGGCCUCAUCUCUAUUGGUUCCUCUUCAGUCGUGAAGUGGCUCCACCUGGACCUCAUCUCCAUCAGCUCCCUAGAGAACACCCCACGAGGUCUCAUCUCCGUUGGUUUCAUCCUCCAAGUGGUCCCACCUGGACCCAGCUCCAGCAGGUACGUGGACAACGUCCCACCAGGGCCGCAUCUCUAUUGGUUCCUCACCAGACAUGGUAGUUUUGGGGGGAAGGACCCCCCAGUUGUAGGACCCUACCCAGAAGUGAUUGAAGACCCAUCUCCUUUGGCUACUUAGACACCAUCCCACCAAGACCCAUCUCCAUUGGCUACUUGGACAUCAUCCCACCAGGACGCAUCUCCAUCACCUCUGGGUGGUCCCACCAAGCCCAAUCUCUAUUGGUUCCUCCCCAGACUCCAUCCUACCAGGACUCAUCUCCAUUGGCUACUUGGACACCAUCCCACUAAGAUCUAUCUCCAUCACCUCCAGGGUGGUCCCACCAAGCCCCAUCUCCAUUGGCUCCAUCCUAGAGUGCUCCCACCAGGAUCCAUCCCCAUCGGCUUCUUUCUGGACCCCAUCCCACCAGGACCCAUCUCCAUUGGCUACUGGGACCCCAUCCCACCAAGACCUAUCUCCAUUGGCUCCUCCCCAGACUCCAUCCCACCAGGACCCAUCUCCAUUGGCUACUGGGACCCCAUCCCACCAAGACCCAUCUCCAUUGGCUUCUUCCUGGACCCCAUCCCACCAAGAUCUAUUUCCAUUGGCUCCUCCCCAGACUCCAUCCCACCAGGACCCAUCUCCAUUGGCCACUUGGACGCCAUCCCACCAAGACCCAUCUCCAUUGGUUUCUUCCUAGAGUGCUACCACCAAGACCCAUCUCCAUUGGCUCCUUCCUAGAGUGGUCGCACCAGGCCCCACCUCCACCAACUUCUUCUGGUUGGUUCCACCAAGCCCCAUCUCCAUUUGCUACUGGGACCCCAUCCCACCAAGACCGGUCUCCAUUGGCUCCUCCCCAGACUCCAUCCCACCAAGACCCAUCUCCAUUGGCUUCUUCCUAGAGUGGUCCCACCAAGCGCCAUCUCCAUUGGCUCCAUCCUAGGGUGGUCCCACCAAGCCCCAUCCCCAUUGGCCGCUGCCCAGACCCCAGCGCACGUCCCGCUGGAGCGGUGGGCGCCAUGGAGGCGUGGCGGCAGUGCGCGCGGUGGCUGGUGGCCGCGCGGGUGCUCCCGGCCGCUCACCGUGCCAGCGGCCCCGAGGGCCACGUGUGGGACCUGGCGCAGGCGCUGCGGGAUGGGGUCCUGCUGUGUCACCUCCUCAACGCCCUCCUGCCCCGCGCCGUGUCCCCGCACGACAUCUGUCCCCGCCCGCAGAUGUCACAGUUCCUGUGCCUGAGGAACAUCCGCACGUUCCUGAGCGCCUGCACCGACAAGUUGGGGCUGCCCAAGCACCGGCUCUUCGGGGCCUUCGACCUCUUCGACGUCCAGGACUUCGGCAAGGUCAUUGACACCCUCUCGACCAUCUCCUGGACGCCCAUCGCUCAGAGCAAAGGCCUCACGCCCUUCCCCACCGAGGACUGCAUUGGGGACGAUGACAUCUACAGCGGCCUGUCCGACCUCAUCGACGACACGGCCGAGGAGGAUGAUGAGCUGUACGACUGCGUGGAGGCCGAAGGGGACGACGGGGACGAUGUCUACGAGGACCUGAUGCGAUCGGAGCCACCGACGGCCACUAAGGAGCUGGAUCGGCGGCUUUGCUGCCUCCAGGAGCUGCGGCAGACGGAGGAGAAGUACACACAGACCCUGGAGAGCAUCUGCCAGCACUUCCUGCGGCCGCUGCGGCACUUCCUGCCACCCCAGGACCUGGAGAGCGUCUUCAUCAACACCGAGGAGCUGCUGCAGCUGCACCAGCAGUUCCUGGGGGAGCUGCGGGGGAUACUGGGAGCAACUGGGAGCACUGGGGGGGCCCGCGGGCUGCCCCCCCUGUUCCUGACCUACAAGAAGAGGUUCCUGCUCUAUGGCCGCUACUGUAGCCAAGUGGAGUCGGCCGCCCGGCGCCUGGACCAGUUGGCCACCAACACCGACCUGCGCAUGAAGCUGCGGGAGUGCUCCCAACGAGCCAACAACGGGCGCUUCUCCCUGCGGGAUCUGCUGAUGGUGCCGAUGCAGCGAGUGCUCAAGUACCACCUGCUGCUGCAGGAGCUGGUGAAGUUGACCCCGGAGCCAACGGAGCGGGAGAAUCUGCGGGGGGCGCUGGAUGCCAUGAGGGAUUUGGCUCAAUGUGUGAACGAGGUGAAACGGGACAACGAGACCCUCAAACAGCUGACAAGCGUCCAGCUGUGUCUGCACAACAUGCCGCAGUCCCUGGCUCAGUUCGGUCGCCCCAAAAUCGACGGGGAACUCAAGGUCUCCAGCACCGAGAGGCGCUCCAAGGUGGACAGGUACGGGUUCCUCCUGGACAAGGCCCUGAUCAUCUGCAAGCGCCGUGGGGACAACUAUGAGGCCAAGGACGUGGUGGACCUGCAGAGCCACCAGCUGCGCGAUGGUGGCCUCGGGCCCCGUGACGGCAAGAAGUGGAGCCACACGUUCCUGCUCAUCGCCACCGCCGGGCUCCAGGGCUACGAGCUCUUCUUCAAGACCCACGAGCUGAAGAAGAAGUGGCUGGAACAGUUCGAGAUGGCCCUCUCCAACAUCUUCCCCGAACAUGCGUUGGCCGAUGGGCACGAGUUCCAGAUGUUCUCCUUCGAGGACACCACGUCCUGCAGGGCCUGCCAGAUGUUGUUGAGGGGCACGUUCUACCAGGGCUAUCGCUGCAGCCGCUGCCGCGCCCCCGCGCACAAGGAGUGUCUGGGCAGGAUGGGGCCCUGCGGGAAGGGCGGGGCUGACCCCGGGACCCGGAAGAACAAGUGGCCGCGGCCGCAGCCCGAGCCGGGACACCUGGGGCUCCCCAAGAUGGAGGCCACGCAGCCAUAUGGGGGUGUCCCCCCCCCGCCGGGGUCCCUGGGGACCCCCCUGCGCCUCAGCCCCGGGGACGUCCUGGAGGUGACGGUGGCCGAGGCCGAGCAGCUCUGGUGGCAGGGCAGGAACUUGGCCACCGGUGACCUGGGCUGGUUCCCCUGCGCCGCCGUCAGACCCUUCGUCCCCGUGCCGCUGCCGGAUCUGUCCGUCUACCCCUGGUUCGCUGGCCCCAUGGAGCGCGGGGAGGCCGAGGAGGCGCUGGCCCCACGUUCGGACGGCGCGUUCCUGGUGCGGCAACGGGUGAAGGACGGCGGCGAAUACGCCAUCAGCAUCAAGUUCCGUGGGGAGGUGAAGCACAUCAAGGUGAUGACCGGGGAAGGGUUGUUCCGUGUCACUGACAAAAAGGCCUUCAAGGGGUUGGUGGAGUUGGUGGAGUUCUACCAGCGCCAUUCGCUCCGGGAUUGCUUCAAGGCGCUGGACACGACGUUGGUGGUGGCCUUCAAGGAGCCCGAGAGGCGCGCGGGGCCAUGGGCGCACGGCGCCGUGCGCAGCUUCGGCUCGGCCAAGGCCCGGUACGACUUCAGCGCCCGCGACCGCACGGAGCUGACGCUGCGGGAGGGCGACGUGAUCCGCGUCCUCAGCAAGAAGGGCCACCCGGGCUGGUGGAAAGGGGAGAUCUACGGACGGGUCGGAUGGUUUCCCGCCAACUAUGUGGAUGAAGAUUACUCGGACUAUUGCUGACCACAAACCCCCCCAUCCCAUCCCAUCCCAUCCCAUCCCAUCCCAUCCCAUCCCAUCCCAUCCCAUCCCAUCCCAUCCCAUCCCCCAGGACGGACAAUAAACGAGGAUAAGGAUGAGUCAUGGGGUU